GGCUGCCAUCAUCUUUUUUCUUGGUUUCUUCCAGAUCCGGCGAGCGAGACGGAGCGUGCGCGUCCAUCGUCUCGCCAUCGCAGCAAGCUCGAAGCUUUUCCCUCUCCUCCUCCUCCUCCUCCUCUGGCGGGCUCGAGGAAGAAGAAGAAGACGGCCGCCAUGCGGGUGCUGCAGCUCGGCCUCUUGCUCGCCCUCACCUCCGGGCUCGUCGCGCUCUGCAUCUACAUCGCCGGCGUCUCCGAUUUCUACGACGGCUACCGGCUCUCCGGCGACGAUAUGGAUGCCCUGCGGUCUCUGCAGGGCCAGUUCCGAAAGUGCGUGAAGGCGAACGGAUUGGGAUUGGAAGCCGUCGGCGGGAAGACUAUUUGCGAAGUCGCCAUGAGCUUCCCUCCCGAUACUGUGUCCAAAUGGAGAGAUCCAAAAUCUGGAGAACUUGAUGGUUUGUCUUUCGAUUUCAAUCUCUACGAAGCUGUGGCUACAUGGGAACAGGUGAGGAAUAGUACCACUAUACUUACCAGGGAGUUCCUCGAUGCUUUGCCGAAUGGGUGGGAAGACUACGCGUGGCAGAGGAUUAACAAAGGAAUACAACUCAACCGAUGUGAAAAUAAGACUCUAUGCAAGGAGAAGCUUUCUCUGGUACUUCCUGAAACACCCCCAUACUUUCCACGGCAGUUCGACCGCUGUGCUGUCAUUGGUAACUCUGGAGAUCUUCUAAAAACAAGGUUUGGAAAGGAGAUAGAUGAUUAUGAUGUUGUCAUCCGGGAAAACGGUGCACCUAUCCAGAAUUAUACGGAUUAUGUGGGAAAGAAAAGUUCAUUUCGUCUUCUCAAUAGGGGAUCGGCAAAAGCUCUUGAUAAGGUUGUUGAGCUAGAUGAAACGAGGAAGGAAGUUCUGAUCAUAAAAACAACAAUCCAUGACAUCAUGAGCAAGAUGAUAAGGGAACUUCCUAUAAAAAAUCCUGUGUACCUUAUGCUAGGGGCAUCCUUCGGAUCUGCUGCUAAAGGGACUGGGCUCAAGGCUCUUGAAUUUGCUCUGUCUAUGUGUGAAUCAGUAGAUAUGUACGGUUUCACCGUGGAUCCUGGUUAUAAAGAAUGGACUAGAUACUUUUCGGAAUCUCGACAGGGUCAUACACCUCUUCAUGGUCGAGCUUACUAUCAGAUGAUGGAGUGCCUGGGGCUCAUCAAGAUUCAUUCUCCAAUGCGUGCUGCUCCACACCGUGUUGUGAAGUGGUUGCCAAGCCGUAGCUUAAUCAGAGCUGCGAGAAUUGCAUCAGAGAAAGUGUUAAGGAGGGUUGGAGCUGCAUCUUUGGACCCUCUGGCGGCUUGUUCGAUUAUUAAAAAGCAAAUUAAAAGGAGCUCUAGAGGACUAUCCAGUCUCAGAAAAUCGGCAAUAGACCAUAGAAGAUAUGUUAGAGGGACAGUGAUGUAUCCUUUGGAGCAUAGUCCUGGACAUGGCUUGCUUUGCACGGUGCCUGCCGAUUGAAUCAGUGGCUACUUCCGAUUGUUUUUCAGGUUUGCUCUCUCUUUGGUGAAUAGGACUUAUACAGAAGCGGUGGUUUGCAACAGGGUUACCUCUAUACAACAUGGUCGAGUUAGAAAUAGCUGGGAGCUACUUUUGCCAAAGGCGCGGAAAAAUUUUCCUGGUAUUUGUAAUAUUCUUUGUCAGUCCUGUCAGAAUAUUUUGCAGUUUAUUUGUCAAAAGGCAAGAAGAUGGUGGAGAUAUACAGUCAACCAUUAACUAGCGCAUUGUUUGUAGGAUUAAUUAGUUCAAUUUCUGGCAUAACUAUGUCACUUGAGAUAGAAUUCUUGCUCAGUGUGAUUGUAGAGCAGUAUGUAUCUGAACUAAGUUAGUCCUAGGAAAAAGGCCAGGGAUUUUUUUGAGUUUGUCAUUCUCCGGAUAAAUCCUUAGGUCGGCGAGCUCUAGUGCUGCUGGUCAGGUAAAUUGGCUGCCUUUGUAACCUGGAAACCUUUGUUAUGAAAUGCCAAUGCAUUUUUUGGUUUCUA